AUGCAUUCAAUUAAAUCACAUAUAUUAAGAUCUUCCAAACGUUACAUAUCUGCUUCCACCAAGAGAUUGGCCGAAGUCGAAGUAACCAUUGAUGGAAGAAAAGUUUCCAUUGAAGCAGGCUCAUCAAUUAUCCAAGCUGCUGACUUAGCAGGUGUUCCUAUUCCUCGUUACUGUUACCACGAUAAAUUGGCCAUUGCCGGUAACUGUCGUAUGUGUUUGGUCGACGUGGAAAGAAUGCCAAAAUUGAUUGCUUCUUGUGCCAUGCCUGUCCAACAAGGUAUGGUUGUCCACACCGAUUCUGAAAGAGUCAAGAAGUCUAGAGAAGGGGUCACCGAAAUGUUAUUGGAAAACCAUCCUUUGGAUUGUCCUGUUUGUGACCAAGGUGGGGAAUGUGACUUGCAAGAACAAUCCCAAAGAUAUGGUUCUGACCGUGGUAGAUUUAGAGAAUUGGUCGGUAAGAGAGCCGUCGAAAACAAGGCCAUCGGUCCAUUGGUUAAGACCUCUAUGAACAGAUGUAUUCAUUGUACCAGAUGUGUCAGAUUCAUGAAUGAUGUCGCUGGUGCUCCAGAAUUUGGUACUGCCGGUAGAGGUAACGAUAUGCAAAUUGGUACCUAUAUCGAAAGAAACAUCAACACUGAAAUGUCUGGUAACAUUAUUGAUUUAUGUCCAGUUGGUGCCUUGACUUCUAAACCAUACGCUUUCAGAGCCAGACCUUGGGAAUUAAAGAGAACUGAAACUAUCGAUGUCAUGGAUGCCAUUGGUUCCAACAUUAGAGUCGAUGCCAGAGGUAUUGAAGUUAUGAGAGUUUUACCAAGAUUGAAUGAUGAAGUUAACGAAGAAUGGAUCUCCGACAAGACCAGAUUUGCCUGUGAUGGUUUAAAGACACAACGUUUGACCACUCCAUUAAUCAGAAACGGCGACAAGUUUGAAGCCAGUACUUGGGAUGAAGCUUUAUCCACCAUUGCUUCCGCUUACUCCAAGAUCAACCCACAAGGUGGUGAAUUAAAGGCCAUUUCCGGGGCUUUAGCUGAUGCCGAAUCCUUGGUUGUUUUGAAAGACUUGGUUAACAAGUUGGGUUCCGAAAACGUCACCACUGAUGUCGCCCAAGGUGUCAAUGCUCACGGGUUAGAUAUCAGAUCCAACUACAUCUUCAACUCCACCAUUGAUGGUAUUGAAGAAGCUGAUCAAAUUCUUUUGGUUGGUACCAACCCAAGACACGAAGCUGCUGUUUUAAACACCAGAAUCAGAAAAGUUUGGUUAAGAAGUAACUUGGAAAUCUCUUCCGUUGGUCAAGAAUUCGACUCCACUUUCAAUGUUGAAAACUUGGGUUCUGAUGCCACUGCUUUACAAAAGGCUCUUGAUGGUCAAUUGGGUCAAAAGUUAGCUGCUGCCAAGAAGCCAUUGAUUGUCAUUGGUUCCGGGGUUGCUGAUUCUGAAGAUUCUUCUGCCAUUUACAAAUUAGUUGGUGACUUCGCCUCUAAGCACGCCAACUUCAACUCUGGUGAAUGGAAUGGUGUUAACUUGUUACAUCGUGAAGCUUCUAGAGUUGCCGCUUUAGAUAUUGGGUUCAACACCUUGGUUGAAGAAACUGCCAAGCCAAAAUUCAUCUACUUGUUGGGUGCCGAUGAAAUCACAAACAAGGACAUUCCAAAGGAUGCUUUUGUCGUCUACCAAGGUCAUCAUGGUGAUGUCGGUGCUUCUUAUGCCGAUGUCAUCUUGCCAGGUUCUGCAUACACUGAAAAGUCCGCUACUUAUGUCAACACCGAAGGUAGAACACAAGUUACCAGAGCCGCCACCAAUGCUCCAGGUGCUGCCCGUGAAGAUUGGAAGAUCAUCAGAGCCUUGUCUGAAUACUUGAAUGCCAAAUUACCAUACGAUGAUAUUGUUGCUGUAAGAACCAGAUUGGGUGAAAUUGCUCCACACUUGGUCAGACACGAGGUUAUCGAACCAGUUUCUCAAGACAUUGUCAAGAUUGGUUUUGCUGACUUGGUCAACAAAAACAAAUUAGCCAAGAUAACUGGAUCACCAUUAAAGAACCCAAUUGACAACUUUUACUUCACCGAUGUCAUUUCCAGAUCAUCUCCUACCAUGGCAAAGUGUGUUGUUUCCUUUGGGGCCCAAAUACAGAAGAUCACUGACGAAAAACCAGACAUAAAUUUCUAG